GUGAGCGGUGUGUGUGUGUGUGUGUGUGUGUGUUGGGUAGAGAGAGAGCGUGGUGGAGCGAGCAGACCCGUCUGGAGCCCGCUCCGGUCAGACCUUCAUCCUCACUUUGUUGUGUUGAACAGUUUGGAUCAGCACCUCUAACAGGAGAACAUAGAAGGUUGUUGAGCUGGAAGCUCCGAACUCUCCAGAGAUGAAGGUGGAGGGAUUACAGGAGGAUGGGGAGUCUGGUUCGGUGUCUCCAGUAGACCGUGGUUCUGUUGGGUCGGUGUGCGGCAUUGGGUCUGCCGAACGCUGCAUGUCCCGGCUGCUGAGUGCCGUGGAGAGCGAGCUGCAGGCCGGUCGGGAGAAGGGCGACCCGACGGAGAGGGAGCUGAAGGUGUCCCUGGAGGACGCCGAGCUGUGGAGGAAGUUCCAGCUCAUCACCAACGAGAUGAUCGUCACCAAGAACGGACGCCGGAUGUUUCCGGUCCUGAAGGUGAGCGUCUCGGGUCUGGACCCCAGCUCCAUGUACUCCUUCCUGCUGGACUUUGUGCCGGCCGACAGCUGCAGAUGGAAGUUUGUGAACGGGGAGUGGGUGGCUGCGGGCCGGGCCGAGAGCCGGUCCGAGGGCCGCGGCCACGGAGGCAUCUACAUCCACCCGGACUCGCCGAACUUUGGAGCCCACUGGAUGAAGGCUCCAGUGAGCUUCAACAGGGUGAAGCUGACCAACAAGGUCAAUGGAGGAGGACAGAUCAUGUUGAACUCCCUCCAUAAGUACGAGCCCCAGCUGCACAUCGUCUGCGUGGGCUCCUGUCAUCGUCUGGUCUCCAACGUUUCCUUCAGAGAAACCCAGUUUAUCGCUGUGACCGCCUACCAGAAUGAGGAGAUCACGGCUCUGAAGAUCAAAUACAACCCGUUUGCUAAAGCUUUCCUGGACGCCAAGGAGAGGAACCCUGCAGGACGGGUUCUACAGGACGCCUCGGAGAGCCGCGUCGGGAUCCAGCCCUAUUGGCCGCUGUGCUCAGCAGGAGGGGGCGGAGCUUUCCCCUACACCAGCAGCCUGCCGCUGGCGUCCCACCACCACCAUCACCAUGGUUACAAACCCCCUGGUUACCCGGGGAGACACACACCUUACCCCACGCCCUACCUACCGCACCGCCCACAUUCCUCAGUGAACCUGAUCUCUGAAGGUGUUCAGGUGCUACAUGAAGGUUGGAGCAGCUCGUCUCCUCGUCCAGCCUCCUCUUCCUCCUCCUCCUCUCUGCCUCUGGCCAGCAGUGGGCCGUCCUCACAGGCUCCUCCCCCUCCUCACAGCUCCAGCCAGUAUCCGUGUCUGUGGACCGUCGGCUGCUCUGAGAUAAGCCCCUCCCGCUCACCAUGUACUACGCCCCAUGGACCAAUCAGCAGCGAGCACAGCAUCCAGCCUACUGGUCACGGUCGAGUGGGCGGAGCUGGGUGGUCGGCUGGCCACACCCACUCUUUCUGAGAAAGACAACAAUGGUUUCAACAAUAAGACAAACAAUGUGUCUGAAAUCCGAUAAAUGCUAAGAAAACACGAAUAAUUCAGAUGUUUUAUUUAGUAGAAAGAACAAUGAAGGCUUGAAGGACCUGGAUGAAAAUGAGUUUUAAUUCAAUUAUAGUGAGGUUUGUUUUCAAGGCAAGAACGUUAAUGUGUUAAAUAGAAUCUGUAUAUCUCCAAAAUAAAUCAUUUGCAUGUAAGUGAAUAAAUAAACAAGUGUUGUGGUACAUUUAGUUCGAAACCUCUGAGGUGUUUACUAGUAAAUAUUUUCAGAGAACAUGAAAAUUGCUGCAUCCAGCUAUAUAUUCUAAAUGUAGAUAAUUUAUGCUUUGUGGACUAAGUGACUAAAAGUGGCUCGUUAGUAUGACAUGAUUUCAUUUCACUUGAUAAACUUGUUUAAAGUAUUCAAAUAAACCAUUUUCAUCUUGUUUUAACAAUAAAGUGAUGCUGUGGUGCCCUCUGGUGUCAAAUAUCUGCUCGUACUCGUCUUGUUAUGGCCAGAUGUUACUGUGUGGAAAUAAAACUUUAAAUGUUUUAAUGAUUCUUGCUGAAACAGAACGGAAACCUUUGUUAGGCUAAAGGAAAAUGUUCUUGUUGUUUUAUUUUGUCUUUAUGGAGACAAACAGACAAUAAAAGCCGUAAUUGCUGGAAUGAUGUAAAUGUUUAUGACUAAAUAAAACAAUAUUCAUCUGAA